UGUAAAUGGCAAAGAAUAAAGGAUGUUCAGAAGGUUGAGGAGAACAAGAGACAACACCAGGAGAUGUAAAAGAAAUCGGAGGCUCUGAGAGGGCUGCUGAGCUGAAGAGUGAAGACAGAAGAUUAAAGAAAAUAAGAGGGAUCCAGAGCCACACUUUGAUGUGUCUGAUGUGAUGGGAACCUUUUCCACAUGUUAACUGAUGGAAGGAGAGGGGGGUUUGAUGCUGUGGUGGCUCUCCUCUUUGAAUCCUGCACCGCUCCCAGUGAUGGCUCUUCAUGUUCUGGCUUGAAUGCUGUGCGCCAUAGCAGCCGAUUCUGUGUUUGGGAGGAAUCACAGGGGAGCGGGAAGGCUGGACAGAGAGGCCCAUACUUCUCAAUGAAGGAGCCUGACGCAAUCAAGCUCUUCAUCGGGCAGAUACCCCGAAACCUGGAGGAGAAGGACCUGAAGCCCAUCUUCGAGCAGUUUGGCAAGAUCUAUGAGUUGACAGUGAUAAAGGACAAAUACACAGGGAUGCACAAAGGAUGUGCCUUCUUGACAUAUUGUGCACGUGAGUCCGCCCUCAAAGCCCAGAAUGCACUGCACGAGCAGAAGACACUACCAGGGAUGAACCGUCCAAUCCAAGUGAAGCCGGCGGACAGCGAGAGCAGAGGGGACGGGGACAGACGGCGCAGCUUCUCUGACAACACAGAGGACAGGAAGCUGUUUGUGGGUAUGCUCGGAAAACAGCAAACGGACACCGAUGUGAGAAAGAUGUUCGAGCCGUUCGGCAGCAUAGAGGAGUGCACAGUGCUCCGCGGGCCCGACGGCACCAGCAAAGGGUGUGCAUUUGUAAAGUACCAGAGCAACGCAGAGGCUCAGGCCGCCAUCAACGCACUGCAUGGGAGUCGUACUUUACCAGGCGCCUCAUCCAGCCUGGUGGUGAAGUUUGCCGAUUCGGAGAAGGAGCGAGGGCUCCGGCGGAUGCAGCAGGUGGCCUCUCAGCUGGGAGUGAUCAGUCCCAUGACCUUGCACCUUGGAGCAUACAACGCCUACACACAGGCUUUGAUGCAGCAGCAGGCCCUGGUGGCGCAGUCGGCCUACCUCUCUCCUGUUGCCACGGUGGCGGCGGUUCAGAUGCAGCAGCUCGCCGCCCUCAACCCCAGCAGCAUCAUUGCCACGCCGAUCGCAUCCAUCACCCCCUCCUCAGGUACCAGCACUCCACCCUCCAUCGCAGCCACACCUGUUCCUGCUCUGCCUCCACCAAUCAGCUACCCCUCUGUGCCAGCUCCACCCAACGGCCAAUCAGCAACCGAAGCCCUGUACACCAAUGGGGUUCAUGCCUAUCAAGCUCAGAGUCCUGUCCUGGACCCCCUGCAGCAAGCUUAUACAGGCAUGCAGCACUAUACAGUUUGCAGUCUCUCCCUGCCUCACCGCUGCUCCCUGCUCACCUGCUCCUCCUCUCCAUCAGCCACCUACCCUGCUGCCUACAGCCUGGUGGGACAGCCGUUCCCACACCAGCCCACACUGGUGGCUCAGCAGCCGCAGCAACCGCAGCAGCUGCAGCAACGAGAAGGUCCUGAGGGCUGUAACAUCUUCAUCUACCACCUGCCACAGGAGUUCACCGACUCUGAGAUACUGCAGAUGUUCCUGCCCUUCGGAAACGUCAUCUCUGCAAAGGUCUUUGUUGACCGUGCCACCAACCAGAGUAAAUGCUUCGGUUUUGUGAGUUUUGACAACCCAUCCAGUGCCCAGACUGCCAUCCAAGCCAUGAAUGGCUUCCAGAUCGGCAUGAAAAGACUGAAGGUGCAGCUGAAGAGGCCCAAGGAUGCCAACAGGCCUUACUGAAGGAGGAAAACCUAAGAGUUCAAUCAAGAAAACCACUUGGGAUGUCCCAGCCUUUUUUGGUUGUUUGACCAACCGUAUAGCACAGGAGCAACACUUCACAAAAAGCAGUAUCACGUGUAUGCGCUUACAAAAACAACAACAGCAGUAAUAUCAGCAACAAAUACAUCAACAGAAUCAGCAUCCGCAAUAUCAGAAGUGCUCCAGAUUUCCUAUCAUUCCACAGCUGGAUUCAUUUAUAUUAUGUACAUACUCUAUUGUCUUCAACAAGAUCUACAUGUUAAGAAAAAGCAUAUCACUGAUGUUAUUCUACUGAACAGGGUUCUACUGUAUAGUGUGAUUUGUGGUCUAUGGCGUUAACAGAAGGCCAGUCUGCAGUCGGAGGCAAAAGAAAAUACUAUUCUGUAUAAUUACCAUUGGUAAUAUUGUUAUUUAGAGUUAGUUUUAUUAUUUAUACGUAAAUUAAAAACAUGGGGUAAUUAAACUGGAAGAGAAAUGGAUUUCCUCUCACUGUACAUACCUUGGUUUAAAGAUGGAGUUAAAGGACUUCACAAGUUAAGAUUCUCUGCUGUCACUACUUUUCAAAUUAACAAAGCGGAAGGAAGGGCUGGGAAUUUUUCUAUCUUGAUUUUUUACGUUUAAUUUAUUUGGUAAUCAAUUUGAUGAGGGGGGAGAUGUGACAAUUUCUUUUUUAAUUUAAGAAGAAGAAGAAAAAAAAAGAGGAUUCCUGUGGUCUUCAAGACAAUGAACACACUUAUUAUAGAGUUUUUAAUUACAUAAAUGUACCUAUGGAAGUAAAAAAAAAACAUAAUGUUUCUUUAUUUAUUCUCUACAAUUGCUGUUUUAAAACAUAUGUCUUUAAAAGAAAAUAAAGUACAAUUUAGAAAAAAAAA